GCAUUAGAUAAUAAUACGAAACCGAAGGGUUGCACUGCAAGUAUUGUCAAUUUAUUCUAAAUUUUCAAAAUAUUGUUACUAUGGCUUCCAUAGGAUUUGUUUUCCUAUCAGUAAUUAGUUGCAUAUUGCUACGGAGCUGCUCAAUUCUGACCGAUGGUCGUCAAUGCACCCAAGGCUCUACUAACCGGCAUUGCCUACCAGCCAUGGAAUUUAAAAUUUUCCCAAAUCCAAAAAAGCGACGUCCUCGCCCCACUAAACCGUAUACACAUAAACCAAAUCACUUUAUCAGACAGACGCCUUUUCCAAUUCAGAAUGUGAUGUAUGUUACUUCAACUGUUAGUAAUCUAGCGACCACAACCCAAAAAAUGAGAUUACUUCCUCCUCCGCCCCCAAUUCCUCUUCCAGAAAAUUUCGAACUGCAGGUGAAACAGAAGUCAGACGCAUCAUCUCUAUUUUCACAAACGUUUGGAACAUCUAAUAAAUUGAGACAAAAUAUAACCACCGUGGAUAUUUCUAAUUCUUUAACUGAAGCAAAGGAAACCAGGACUCCUGUGCCACAUCUCUUGACGUCAGCACAGAAAAAAUACUCAAGUCCAAGAGGUAUGAAAGCUGUAAAAACGAAAAGUAAAUCUCUUAACUAUAAAUUGAAUAACUCAAAAUCACGGACAAUUAAACCAAAACUUAAAAAACUGGUUCAUAGAAGCAGGAACGCGAACAAGAACAGAAAGAAACAAAGAAACCUUAGAAGGAAGAAGAAAACGAGAAUACAAUCCAAUAAUGUUACACGUACAGGAGCACGGAGAACAUCCAAUACACCAAACAGCAGGGGGUAUAUGCGGAACAUGAAAAGAAAAGCUCACGCGACUUCGUCUAAACCGAAAAAUAGAGGUAUGCAAGUCAAAUCAAAUUCGAAAAAUCGGGGUAAAACCAACUCUACUUUCUCAGCUAUUACAGCAAAACCUGCAACAAUUGACAUACCUAGAUCCCACAAUCUACUUAAACAAGUUAAGGGUACAAACUCUACAAAGAUAAAGUCAAUAAGUACAACUGAAAGACCACAACUUUUGUCGUCCUUUGAAAUAAUACGAAAUCCAAAUCGUGAGUUAGCUGGAAGAACAAGAAAAGCAAAGAUGAAGAAAUAUGAGAAGACAAAGAAAAAUAAUGGAAGGAAGUCCGUACCGGACUACACACAGAAAAAUUUAAAGGUAGUCUUAAAUUUUUCAGAAGACAGCACUAAACAAACAUCAAGGAAAAUUUCCCUACAUACAAUGUUUACUGCAGCAGAAAAUACAGUAACGUCAAUUAUUCCACAAACACACACUCCUGAAGCGACCUUGUCCACUCAACCUACUUCUCCAAAUACUACACCAAAUGUUUCAAAACCACACCAUGCAAGACAAAACAGAUUGAUAACACAAGAAAAAGCAACGGAAACGUUUAAGACUCCGACCACUUCUUUAGAUGAUCGUUAUCGGCAAAAAUUCGUGAAAACAACAUCAAAACCGAAGAGCUAUGCGAAACCAAUGGGUGCUAACGCACAGUCUUCAUUUACUCUAGGAUCAACGACAAUAGCCCCGGAUAUUUUACCAAAACUGAAUGAAAAACAACUACAAAGUGUUACCGGAAAGAUUACAACAGUAUCCAAACAAAGAAAGAUAGAAGCAGAUAUUACCACGGAUAUUUCACCCACUGUACUAGUACUUCAACAAAGACGUACCCAAACGACAAUCAGACAGGGUAUAGUGCCUGCUUUUCGACAAAGCACUAAAACACAACAGUUUUCUUUACAAGCGAGAAAUACUAAAUCAAGAGAAUAUAAAGGAGCAGAAAACGCUGAAAUUACACAACCCAUUCAUAAUUGGAUACCAGACACAAAAAAUCCGAGAACACUGCAUAAACACGAGGUCAACAGAUCUUGGUCGGUGAAAGUGAAUCCCUCGCAAGAAGAUUGGACAUCCAGCGACAAUCGUGCGUCAGCGGUCGGCAUCGGUUCAAUCGGUAUUAUAGUUAUACUGGCCAUUAUCACUGGUGUCGUCUGUCUAGAUGCUGCAACGUUGUAUAGAGAUGCAAAGAGAAUCAGAAAGAAGAUAUAUAGAAUAUUCAGACCACUGAACAAACGCCAAUGCAAAGACACUUCUGUCUCGAAAAACCUGCCGAAAUGGGCACAUUUUGUUACGACCAGAGAAGCAUAAGAUAUGUGAAAGAAAUGAAUUAACAACAGUGACUUUAUUAUGUCAAUGUUUUCGGAAUGUUGUGUAUAAUGAGCAAACCACCUCUUUGUAACUGUAUGUGAAAACAAUUGCAAGAGUUAAUUUUCUUACUGCACAUGUAUUUUCAUUGCAUGCAAAUUCUAAAGCAUUAAAUGUAACAAGUAUAUUUUUAUCAGUUUUAACUUUACAGGAAGGUGGAGUUGGGGGGGGGGGGGGGGUCAAUGUUCUUUUUGUGAUGUGAUACUUGGGGUUGGGGUGUUGGUUAAAUUCAUCAUUUUUGCACUUUUCAAAGGAUGACUCGAUAGAAUGGAUCACUUUCUAAUUCCUCAUGCAAUACUGAAAUUUCAGGGGGAAAACUUCAUUCCGUGUUACUAACUUUGAUGUACACCAGCAUGUGGUGAAUUUGAUCAACCUGUAUGGAAAGCUAACGGGGUUAAAAUUCAAUCCCUGUAACUGUGUAUUUGUAACUACGCAAUGCAGCAUUCGUUCAUUUUAAAUGUAGAAAUGUUAAACGUAAAUGUAGAAAUGCUUAAUAAAAUUUAACAAUUACA